AUGGUACAGCAUCCUGAAAGACACCCGGAUUACUCUUCGUUCGAAGAUGUCAGCUUUGAUUUCGACUCGGACCGUAAGGUGUCGCUAGAUCUCCGCCUCCCAGAGAGGAAACCAGAUCCUUCGCCUCUCGUCACGAUAGACGAAGUGCAGUUGGUUCCUAAGCGCAGCUUCUGGGGCCACUGUCGCCCGAUAUGGCUUCCGUUGACUGCGUGGCUCGCCAGCGCGCUGUUCACAGUUCUCUACUCACUCUUCAUCCACAAGGUUCUCAUCAGGAGGGACCCCAAGAUCGGCGUCCUUGUGUUUGAGGCGUCAGUCACCAACUUGUUGCUCUCGGUCUUUUCUCAGCUCUAUGCCAUGGUUCUGUGCUUCAUGCUUAGCCCGGCGACCGACUGGUUCUCGGUUCUCAAGUUCAUUCUCGACAGUAGGCUCAAGAACACUUGGGGCAUAUUCAGACUUGCUCUGCCAUUCAUGGGACUUGGCUUCGGCUCAGUUCUCAAAUUUCAAAACAGUUUCCAGCAUCAUUUCAUUCCGGAUGGACCUAGCGUUGCGGUCUACGCUGGGACCAUUCCACCGGAUGUCAGUGUGCUCGACAACAUCCCCGCAUCCUACAUGGCGGGGUUCUUCGACACAUGGGCUCAGCAGCUCAUGAACUAUCCUCGAUACUCAACAGCAUGGUCGAUGGAAGGAUGUGAAGGAAAUUGUUCCGCCAUCUUCCUUCCCGGCGGCAUGGAGAUCGCUCGUAAGGUUGUGCCGUUGAUGAACUCGACCAUCCUUCAAGGAGGCACCUUCAAUGACGUCGACUCCAUCAGCAUCAUGCGAGCACCGGGCCUCGCAGCCCGCUUUGAUCCACUGCCUGCCGACUUCCGCUUCGACAUUGAGAAAGAGUGCGCGGUAUACCUCACACCUGCAGGCAUGAGCGAUGGCCUGCAGAUGUGUAUCAGGCAGGUCGGCGACUCUCUCGCCGCAGGCUGGAGAGCUUGUCCAAGUUUUACUCAGCUCUACGGCGAAUGUCCCCUUCCCGAACGCUGGGCCACUGCCCCCCUCCGCACGAAGACCCUCAUGACAGUCUACCGCCAGAACGCGACGACAACCUACGAUCGCAGCGACCUCUCGAUCAAACACGUCACGCCGACAUCCAAGCAGGUCCUACAGCCCAUGUCGGCACCCGAAGCCUUGCGGAUCUGGCGACGCAUCUUCAUCCCUACCUCGAAGGCAGACCUCAUCGACCGCCAGUCGAUCAACGUAACGAUCCAUCGCCUUGCGUGGAAAUAUCGCACCUAUACCGAGUUCUUCCCCGAUCACGACGUGCCCGUCGAGCAGCUGCGUAACUUCCUCGCCGUGCCGUUGCAGUUUGGCAUCACGGCGCUGCAGUAUGCCAAUUAUACCAUGGCGCUGCCGCCAGAGAAGCGGGCGUUCCCCCCCGAGCUAUUGACAGUGGCGACGGGAGGCCGAUCCAUCAUGAAAUUUGUUGGACCGCUGUGGACGGCGUGGGUGUUUAUUGUUUCGGGGGUGCUCGUCAUCGUCCUGUCUGGCUGUGGGUUCUGGUACAUCUUGAUGCAGGCGCACCCUGUGCCACGUCCAUCUGGCAUUCUGGAGGUAGACUUUGCCGUGAAGCUCGAAGAUGUCAAGGCAAGAAACGGCGAGAGCAGUGCGGGCAGCUUCUCAGAGUUGACGGGAACCAUUUCCGAGCGCGACGUAACUACACGAUAUCGGGGCCAAAUGCGACUUCGGCUCUCCCCACCCAAGUCCGAAGACAAGGUGCCGGCCUCCGGAGUGGAUCUCCGCAGCUCCGCCGGAGUCCGACCGCUGCCACGGUCAUAA